AUGACAGAGGGCAAGUGUACGUUUGGCACACGGAUGCCAAUAGACAUCCACAUGCUGAACGAAAUCAUUUACCGAGAGGUGAAACACUUCAGGAACUACAAGAUAUACAGACCGAACUUUGGAUCUAUACCUGUAACCGGUAAGUUCUACGCUGCUCACGACCAGCUCAAAGCAGAAUCAGUAGAAGAAACGAAAAAGGUGGAAGACUACCACAGCAACGUCGCACAGACCAGAGCCAAGGGACCUCAUAGCAAAUACGACGCGCCAGCAACAGAAAAUCAAGCGUCAAACGGAGUAAAGUACCGCGACUCCAGCCUAAAGCAGAAGAAGGAAUGA